AUGCCCCGGCUGAAGCGGCUGCUGAGAGCCAGGCUGGGCUGCCGGCGAUGCUCCGCCGCGCAGUGCCUCUUCUGGGGAGUGUGCUGGGCGGUAGGGGGCGGCCUCUUCGCCUUCUUCUUCCUGGCGCACGGGGGCGUCUUCUCGGGGCGAUGCACCGACGAGCAGAGUCGCCGGAUCCUGGCGAAGCUGUGUUUUGACUACAGGACGGGCAUGUUGACUGGGGAUCUUUGUGAAGACUUAUGUGUGACCCAGACUUUGACCUAUAAACGCUGCCUUUAUUAUGACCAGGGAAAGAAGGUCAUUCAAGCUGACUGGAGAGGCCGCCCUGUGAUCCUAAAAUCAAAAAAUGAAAUAUUCUCUAGCUACCGUGGCCUUGCCUUUUUGGAAGAAAUGGAAUCACAGGGAAUUUCAGAAACAGACCUGCUUCUGAUGAUUGCUUUGGAAGUCAAGAACACAUUGGGCUUGGAACUUCCUAACAAAACUGUGGGACCUUUGUGGAAGAAAAGAGGCCCACAUUGGAAAGCACAGCUGGCUAGUUUGUGGUCUUUACUCCAACAGGAAGAGUACAUUUAUUUUAGUGUUUUGCAGGACAUCAGUAAACAUGUUCUAAGGGUUAUCGGUUCUUGUGGCCACUUUUAUGCUGUGGAAUAUCUGACAGCUGGACAUGCGUGGCACAGUACCCUUUUUUCUGUGGAAGAUGCUCUUGGUGCUUCCCUUUCUGGGAUUAAAAACAAAGCCAAAGCCAUAAUCCAAAUUGCAAUCAGCUUCUUGGAUAUGGUAAAUCAUUUUGACGAUGACUUUUCUUAUCCUCUUCAUCUCUGUGAUAUUAAACCAGAAAAUUUUGCCAUCCGAAGUGACCUGACGGUGGUUGCCAUUGACGUAGAUAUGGCCUUUUUUGAACCUAAAAUGAGAGACAUCCUCGAACAAAACUGCUCAGGAGAUGAAGACUGUGUUUUUUUCGAUUGCUUUUCCAAAUGUGAUCUGAAGAAUGGAAAAUGUGGGGCAGAAAGAGCCAAUACUAACCUUCAAGUCAUCUGUGAUAAAAUAUUUCGCCCCUGGUUCACUCUAAACCUUGGAGGAUCAGCCGUUUUCUUUCCCAUGCAGCUGCAGUUACAGCAGGCAGUGCAUGAUUGUGCACAACCAAGGAGCAAGGAUAUUUCCAACAUGCAGAGCAAUUCUGCAAGUUCUUUUUCUCAGCUAUACAAUUUGCUCCAAGCCAGUCAAAAGGAACUUCAGAAAUCUAAUCUAGCAGAUUCAUCAGUCAUGGUUACCCAGGAAACAUAG